AUAUAGACAUACAUACAUAGACCAAGACGUACAUAUAACAUGCCGCCCAAGAAGAAGGCUGCGGCCGUGGUGGUCAGUAGUGAUAGCGAGGUUGAGAUUGUGCCGAAAAAGAAGAUUUCAGCAAAAGCUAAGGCUAAACCAGUCGGUGCUAACCCGUUUGCGAUUGCGGUGGGCAAGAAAAAAGCGAACAAUCCAUUCACCGCCGCCGCCAGUGCAACCAGCAAAGCUUCAGCAACCAAGAAACCAACUAAAACAAAGAAGGCAGAGGCACUCAGGGUAGAGAGCGACGACGACGAUACCUACAAACCCUCACCAGUCAAGCUCAACCGCAAGAAACGCUCAGACGAUGCUUCGGCGUUCUUCAGUGACAACAGCGACAGCGACUUCGACCCUGGCACGGAGAAGGCUGAGAGCAGUGAGGAGGAGGCGGCACCAAUGUGA